AGUCUUUCUGCUUCAAAUGAAGAGACAUGCUGCCAAACGGGCAUGAUACCGUACCGCUAACACAUACUCCGUUGGUGAAAGACGCAGCUGAAGUGGUUGAAGAGGAUCCUAGAAUCAUCGGUGCUAAGACUGACCAAGAAGAAACAAGACCGAAAAAAAAACAAUGAUGCUCCAUUUUAUAAGCUUGGUUUUUACAUUGCUACUGAAAUCAAGCGGUGCGGUGACAUCUCGCCAUCUUGUCAGUACAACGCAAGUGACAACUGGUAAACGUUCUCUCCCAACAAUCACUUCCAAUCGGUUCAAUGAACUUCCUGACAGUACUACACAACCAAUCGCGGUGGAUCAAACCGAGAAGGAAAGCGACAAACUCCGGUCAACAACCCCUCGAACCGAGGUUCUGAUUUCCAGGAACUUCCUGUCAGAUGGAGACUCGGCAGCGACAGCAACCAGCCUCACGGGUAACUCAUCAGCAGAAAUAGCCACAGACGCCAUAACGGCGACUGUAGCUCCAGUGCUGAUAGGAUCUACCCAAAACCGGUACACAGGACAGACUCUCCGAUUCUCCACGACUAACGUGGACUACGGAUAUUUCUCCACAGACUCAACUCUCAAAGCUUCUGCAAGCACAGUUUCUCUAACAACUCUUGAAAACAAACCGACUAAUACGAUCCUGUUUCGGAGUAGCCAUGCUCCACGUUUCACCGAGGGAACAACAUCCAUCCCUACCACAAAGGCAGAUAAUAAAAUAAAACCCACUGAGGAAAAACCCGAGAAACCGUUUCACAGUGAAGUAGCAGCAGGUCUAAUAGGUUUGGCUUUGGCAGUGAUGAUUGUUAGCUUCUUGGUUAUCUAUAUCAAGAAACGUAAACUGCAAAAACAGCACAUAACGAUGAACGACUGGGCGGGACCGACACCGUUUGUCAGCGGAGGAGCUGACAAUGGACAAGUAGCACCGAGCUCAUCGGGACAGAUUUGUCUCACCACCUUCCUGCCGAAAAAACUCUCCAAAAAGAUGGCCUUUGAAAAGGAAAUAAGGGAGGAGUCAGACGAUAUAAGAUCAGUGUCGACUUUUGGACGACAUCACGAGCCUGAGCAAAUAUAACAAAGACUUAUUACGUACGCAAUAAAACAGAGUAUGGAAUGGACUGGUCAAAGAGGACAAGAUCCAAGGGUCCUCCAGUAAGAGUGUCCCGAGACGCCCAACUCAUGAGAGACCAUACACGAGAAUGAAGAAAAGUAUAAGGAAAAAAUAUGAUUUUUUUUUGUUUUUUUAUUUAACCCUUAGAUGCAUAAGCGGGUCAAAAAUGACCCGGUCAGGUUGUUUUCUUGAAAUAUCUUCAUAAUAAAUUUUUUUUUUUAUCAUUUUAUAUUCCACAUAUCCCUCAAAAAACAUGUUUUUGAUAUCAUGACAUUCAAAUUUUUAAUUUACCUUUUAUACAUUUUAAGAAAUUUUAGUUUUUGUGUUACUACCCCAACCUUCCAUAAGUGGGUCAAAAAUGACCCGGUCAGGUUGUUUUCUUGAAAUAUCUUUGUAAUAAAUUUUUUUAUCAUUUCAUAUUCCAGGUAUUCCUCAAAAAACAUGUUUUUGAUAUCAUGCCAUUCACAUUUUAAGAUUUUUUUGUUUUUGUGUUACUACCCCAAGCUUCCAUAAGUGGGUCAAAAAUGACCCGGUCAGGUUGUUUUCUUGAAAUAUCUUCAUAAUGAAAAUUUUUCAUCAUUUCAUAUUCUAGGUAUUCCGCAAAAAAAAAAUGUUUUUGAUAUCUUGCCAUUCUAACUUUUAUAAAUUUUAAGAAAUUUUAGUUUUUGUGUUACUACCCCAACCUUCCAUAAGUGGGUCAAAAAUGACCCGGUCAGGUUGUUUUCUUGAAAUAUCUUCAUAAUGAAAAUGUUUUAUCAUUUCAUAUUCCAGGUAUUCCUAAAAAAAAACAUAUUUUGAUAUCAUGCCGUUCACAUUUUUAACUUACCUUUUAUACAUUUUAAGAAAUUUUAGUUUUUGUGUUACUACCCCAACCUUCCAUAAGUGGGUCAAAAAUGACCCGGUCAGGUUGUUUUCUUGAAAUAUCUUCAUAAUAAAUGUUUUCAUCAUUUCAUAUUCUAGGUAUUCCUCAAAAAACAUAUUUUUGAUAUCAUGCCAUUGACAUUUUUAACUUACCUUUUAUACAUUUUAAGAAAUUUUAGUUUUUGUGUUACUACCCCAACCUUCCAUAAGUGGGGCAAAAAUGACCCGGUCAGGUUGUUUUCUUGAAAUAUCUUCAUCAUAAAAUGUUUUCAUCAUUUCAUAUUCCAGGUAUUCCUCAAAAAACAUAUUUUUGAUAUCAUGCCAUUCCCAUUUUUAACUUCCCUUUAUGCAACACACAAUGGAUCCUCCCAUUUUCUAUUGGUGUACGGGGUCAUUUUCUUUGUCAAAGAUGUAAAAAAGUGAAAAAUGAAGAUGUUUCUAACAUGAAAUCAUUCUUGUGUGGUCCUAAAUAUAAUACUAAAUAUCAUACAAGUGAUUAUUCCUAACCAAAAUGGCUAAAUUGUCAUAAAAAGGCAAGGUUUUUGUUGAUGGUAUUUCUGCACGUUUGAGCCACGUUCCACAGAUGGCCCCUACACCACACAUUGGACACUCAUGCAUGUUUCACCAGGAAGCCAAGAUGCUUCCAGGAAACAAAGAAUUGCGCCCAUGUGCCGGUCAGGUGUUGGGUUGCGUUGUGGAGGGGUUUAUACAGGUUUUAGACCCACACUGGACGGUGGUGGUGGUGAUCCAACUCCAACUCACGUCGCUAUGUUGUCGUUUAAAUGUAUAUAUGAUAUAUAUAUAUGGUAUAUAUGGUAUAUAUGUAUAUAUAUAAAUGUUAUUAAAUGAGUAUAGCCAUACAAUUCAAUCAUGGGAAACAUUUUCCCAAUGUUUCACCUAUUCCAGGAAUAGUGAUUUUUUCCGGUCUUACCUGCGAGCCACAUAGUAGAAUACUGGAUUGCCAGUUUUUGACGUUCCCGCCUGGUAGAAAAUGUUGAGGGUCUUUAAGGCUUUGAACUCCUCUUUCUCGUGCACCUGGUGUCUACAAGACAGAAGAUAGAAGAAAUGUUGAAUUCUCACAGCACUUAACUUAUUAUUAUUAUUAUUAUAAUAAUAAUAAUAAAGAUUCAGGAUUGAAAUGAUCUUUGGUGUACACACAAGUAUAUAUUAUAAACUAUAUAAAGGUUCCUAAAAUAUUGUGACAGGUCAAAAACACUCAAUAGGUUAUUACUUAGGCCUAUAAUUUUUUUUUGUUUUUUAAUCGUGCAAUAAAUAUUUUACAGUAAAAAUAAUUUUUUAAAUAUUAGUUUUUGCAAAUAUUAAUUUUUUUAAGAUAAGAUAAGAUAUGCCUUUAUUUGUCCCUCAGUGGGGAAAUUUGCAUUGCACAGCAGCAAGAGUACAGAAUCAGUUAAGCAGUACAAAAAUACCCAAUAUAAAACAAAAAUACACAAUAUAAACAACCCAAGUAUACACAAAUAAACAGUUUUACCCAGAGUGAUACACAAAUACAGUAUGCAGAUAAUAUGAAACCAGAUGAAAUAUAUGAGCAGUCUAUACACUAUGACAGGGGUCUCAAACACGCGGCCUGCGGGCCAAAUGUGGCCCGCAGGACACUAGUUUGAGGCCCCCGCCUUGAUAUGAAAGUUUAAGCGCAAGUUUGAUAUGGAUGCUGUAUGGUAUCAU